AACUACAACGGCUUCCCCAAGCCCCAACUCCCCCUCCUUCUCACGACAACUCCUUCCCACUCAGACACCUCUUUUGUAUCCUCGACCAGCUUUGCAGAUGGGCUUCUGCUUCCCCGUGUUCUUUGAUAGGCAGUGGGCAACCACCAAUCAAGCGCUAGGAGUCAGCAGGCUGCUGUAUUAUAUAGUCCCAGGUGCUCGGUGACACAGGCAGUGGAGGGAGAGCCUGCUUUGGCUCGUUUGUAUCCUCUCAGCUGCGCGAUAACUUGCGUGCUAUUGCAGCCGGGGAAUAAUUUCUGCAGGCAACGAUCAUGCUGGAAAUGAAUUUGAAUCUUGCAGUUUAACGUUUCUUUCGCGCAGAAGCUGAUGGAGAAAAUUUUGCUGAAAUCUUGAGAAUCGGGAGAAACUGCUGGCUGUUUGCAAUUAACUAAAUGAAUCCUUCACAGUGACUGCACAUAAGCCCCUACCGAGUGUCCCAAUUCCCCGUGCAAGCAGUUUUUCACUCCGUGUAGGACCUGCAGUUGGAUGCAACACUUCAGCUUACUUGGAAGCUACCAGGAAUUCCCUCUGGGUAUCCCCACUUCCUCCAGUUUAGGCUGAGGAAAGUCCCAGCAAGAAUAACACACUGGAGACUAAGGAAUUUAGCAGUCAAAGGAGAGACUACACCUAUGCAGCAAUGUACAUGGAGAAUCCAAGGUUGAGGUGACUAUUUGCAAGCACCUCCACCGGCUUCAAUAAAUGCCCAAAGACUUGGACAGACAUACAAGAGACUGGCUGCAGAACAAUCAAACAUUACAGCAUUGAGUGAUGACACAGGAGAUGGGCAUUGAGAUGGUCCUGGUUGUGAUUGCAUUUAAGGUUUCAUCUCCAAAGCUGUCUGAACUGAUGAAACCUCCCCUCAGUGCUGCAUUGAAGACUCCAUUGAGCUUGUGUGCGAAUUCCCUGGUGGAAUAUUAAACUGAGAUGCCAAGACAGACUUGACAUCACUGAGGUUUUCUCAUGCACCUAUAACUAAGACGCAACCGAGGACCAAGAAACUUUCUGGCUCGUUAGCAGCCCAGCGUUAAAUGCAUCAGGUAUCCUUCUGUAUCCGCAGCUCUCUUCUGCUAUUACCUUCUACAUCUGAUGGUUUGAAUUGUUGAAGUCCCUUGAUAAUAUAUUAGUUUCCACAGAAAAUGUUGUUUUUUAAAAUGGCGAAAAGGAAUAGUUCACCCAUCCGUCAUGUGAUGAUGGGUUUUCUCACUAUUUGCCUAACUGAAGCGGCCCUGCAGCAUAGCGAGUGCCCUCAGCUGUGUGUUUGUGAAAUCCGCCCGUGGUUCACGCCACAGUCAACGUACAGAGAAGCUGCUACCGUGGACUGCAAUGACCUGCGGUUGACCAGAAUCCCUAGCAACCUCUCGGCUGACACCCAGGUGCUCUUGCUUCAGAGCAACAAUAUCGCCAAAACAACUAAUGAGUUUGAGCAGAUGUUUAACCUCACUGAACUUGAUCUCUCGCAGAAUAAUUUUACCAAUAUUCAAGAUGUGGGCUUGACCAAUCUUACUCAGCUCACCACUCUGCACCUAGAAGAGAAUCAGAUAGCAGACAUGCCUGAUUAUUGUCUGCAGGAUCUUGCCAGCCUCCAGGAGCUCUACAUAAAUCACAACCAGAUUAGUAGCAUUUCGGCCAAAGCCUUUUCUGGCUUGAGGAAUUUGCUGAGGUUACAUCUAAACUCCAACAAACUGCGAGUGAUUGACAGCCGUUGGUUUGAGUCUACGCCUAACUUAGAGAUUCUCAUGAUUGGGGAAAAUCCAGUAAUUGGGAUCCUGGAUAUGAACUUCAAACCUCUAAGCAAUCUGCGGAGUUUGGUUCUGGCAGGAAUGGAACUGACAGAAAUCCCUGGCAAUGCUUUGGUGGGCUUGGAUAGUCUGGAAAGUCUCUCUUUCUAUGAUAAUAAACUGGGAAGAGUGCCUCAGCUUGCACUUCAGAAGGUGCCAGCCUUGAAAUUCCUGGAUUUGAACAAAAACCCUGUUCACAAAAUUCAAGAAGGCGAUUUCAGAAACAUGCUUCGCUUGAAAGAACUUGGUAUCAACAACAUGAUUGAACUUGUUUCCAUUGACAGGUAUGCCUUGGAUAAUCUUCCUGAACUUACAAAACUGGAAGCCACAAAUAACCCUAAAUUGUCUUAUAUUCAUCGCUAUGCAUUUCGCGAAGUACCUUCCCUUGAAAGCCUGAUGCUUAAUAAUAAUGCAUUGAAUGCCCUUUAUCAAAAGACUGUGGAUAACCUCCCUAAUCUACGUGAAGUCAGCAUUCACAGUAACCCAAUUAGAUGUGAUUGUGUUAUCCAGUGGAUGAAUUCCAACAAAACCACCAUUCGUUUUAUGGAGCCUCAGUCUAUGUUUUGUGCAAUGCCUCCGGAGUACAGAGGUCAACAAGUCAAGGAAGUUCUCAUGCAGGAGACUGCCGAACAAUGCCUUCCAAUGAUUGCACAUGAGACUUUUCCAAAUCAUCUGAAUGUAGACGUAGGUAUGACUGUGUCCUUAGAUUGCCGUGCUAUGGCAGAGCCUGAACCUGAAAUCUAUUGGGUCACACCACUUGGCAAUAAGAUCACAGUGGACACCCUGUCAGAUAAAUAUAAGCUGAGCAGUGAGGGGACUCUUGAAGUGUCACACAUUCAUGUUGAGGACUCUGGGCGAUAUACUUGUGUUGCUCAGAACUCUGAGGGAGCGGAUACAAGGGUUGCAACCAUUCGAGUAAAUGGAACUUUGCUUGAUGGAACUCAAGUACUGAAAAUUUACGUGAAGCAAGCUGAAUCACAUUCUAUCUUAGUUUCAUGGCGAGUGAACUCCAAUGUCAUGACUUCAAAUUUGAAAUGGUCUUCAGCCACCAUGAAGAUCGACAACCCUCACAUUACAUACACUGCAAGGGUUCCUGUUGAUGUCCAUGAAUAUAACCUGACUCAUCUGCAACCUUCCACAGAGUAUGAGGUCUGUCUGACUGUGUCCAAUAUCCACCAACAAACUCAGAAAUCAUGUGUCAAUGUAACUACAAAAGGUGUGACAUUCUCGCUGGAUAUCUCUGACCAGGGAACCAGCACUGCUCUCGCGGCUGUAAUGGGGUCAAUGUUUGCCGCCAUUAGCAUUGCUUCAAUAGCUGUUUAUAUUGCCAAACGCCUCAAGCGGAAGAACUACCAUCAUUCGUUGAAGAAGUACAUGCAGAAGACUUCCUCUAUUCCCCUGAAUGAACUUUAUCCACCACUUAUAAAUCUAUGGGAAGGAGAGAGCGAGAAGGACAAAGAUGGUUCCUCCGACGUGAAACCUACACCUGUCGACACAUCAAGAAGCUAUUAUGUGUGGUAACUGGAGGAAUUUUGCUUCUAGUUAAGGGAGCACAAGACUUUUUUUGCUUUUAUCUGCAAAAGUGAAAGUUCAGAACCUUUUUUGUAUUUUGACUUUGCUAACUUGUGGCAGAGCUGUGAGGACAGGUGGAUAUUUCAGACUUUUAGUAUAGCGUAUCGCCUUUGUUGGACUUUUUUUUAAAGAAGGCAGCUCCAUUUAUCUUGCUAAAUGCCUCAGUUACUGUGCUUGAUUAUUGCUUUUUCUCUCUCCAUUGCAGAACUCCCGAAAGUAAAUCAGUGAUAGUCCAGGUACAUGCUUUUAAAAGAACGACAAGCCUUUGGAGGGUCACUCAUUCACUAAAAGCUGUUUACCUUAAUUAUCAGUCACUGAUGCAUUUCCAUGUUAUAGUUUUUUUUAGAAUCUUGAAGCUGACAUAGGGGAUUAGACCCUUUCAUUCUUCUAUUGAAUGCUGUUAGCUAACUUAAAUUGUAUUGUUGUAUCAACUAUAAUUUGCUCUUUUUUUUGAAAUUGAAAGCCCAAACACCUGUAAAUUUUAUUUGCCACCUUUGCUUGAAUUAGUUUUACAACUUAGAAAAAUGUGUGGUUAAUAUUUAAUAAAACAGUAAUAGAAUAAAGUGCUUUAAAAUGCUACAUAAAAAGGUACAUUUUAGGUGAUUUUACUAAGGGACUUUAGCUGCCAGGUUUUUCUGAAUGUCUCUAACUGCAUUUAGUAUCUAUAGUUUAACAUAAUGAAUUUUAUUGUGAGAAGUAGAUUGUGAAAUGAGGACAAAACUACAUUAAAUCAGUUUUGAUCUUGA